AUGUGCACCCGGGGGUCCCCGCCGGCCCACUCUAGGAAUCCUCUACCCCCGGACCUGCCCUCGAGGCGGGGGGCUCUUCCGACUCCUCGUGGAUUCCCCUCGGUGCAAAGCACGUUGCAGUCCGAGGAGUGGUUCCGAGUGAGGCUAGACCGACUGUCAGAGGCAGCCAAGGUGAACACAGAUGCCAUGCGCUCAGCACAGGAGGAGAUAAGUGAGUACCGGCGCCAGUUGCAGGCCAGGACCACAGAGCUGGAGGCACUCAAAAGCACCAAGGACUCGCUGGAGAGGCAGCGCUCUGAGCUGGAGGACCGUCACCAAACCGACAUCGCCUCCUACCAGGACGCUAUCCAGCAGCUGGACGCUGAGCUGAGGAACACCAAGUGGGAGAUGGCAGCCCAGCUCCGCGAGUAUCAGGACUUGCUCAAUGUCAAGAUGGCUCUGGAUAUUGAGAUUGCGGCUUACAGAAAACUCCUGGAGGGUGAAGAGUGUCGGAUUGGCUUUGGCCCAAGUCCCUUCUCCCUUCCAGAAGGACUCCCUAAAAUGCCUUCCACGGCCACUCACAUAAAGGUCAAAAGUGAAGAGAAGAUCAGGGUGGUAGAAAAGUCAGAGAAGGAAACCGUGAUCGUGGAGGAACAGACAGAGGAGAUACAAGUGACCGAAGAAGUGACUGAAGAAGAGGAGAAAGAGGCCAAAGAGGAGGAGGGCGAGGACGAGGAACAGGGAGAAGAGGAGGAAGCAGAAGGGGGAGAAGCAACAAAGUCUCCCCCAGCAGAAGAGGCUGUUGAGGAGGAGGAACGGGGAGAAGAGGAGGAAGCAGAAGGGGGAGAAGAAGCAACAAAGUCUCCCCCAGCAGAAGAGGCUGCAUCCCCAGAGGAGGAGGCCAAGUCUCCGGAGAAGGAAGAGGCCAAGUCACCAGCCAAGACCCCCAUGAAAGAAGAAGCAAAGUCGCCAGCUGAGGUGAAGUCCCCUGAGCAGGCCAAGUCCCCAGCAAAGGAGGAAGCCAAGUCCCCAACCGAGGUCAAGUCCCCAGAGAAGGCCAAGUCCCCAGUUAAGGAAGAGGCUAAGUCCCCAGCAAAGGAGGAAGCCAAGUCCCCAAAUGAGGUCAAGUCCCCAGUGAAGGAAGAAGCAAAAUCGCCACCUGAGGUCAAAUCCCCUGAAAAGGCCAAGUCCCCAGUGAAGGAAGAAGCUAAGUCCCCCGAGAAGGCCAAGACUCUUGAUGUGAAGUCCCCAGGAGCCAAGACCCCAGUGAAGGAGGAAGUAAGGUCCCCCGCAGACAUCAAAUCACCCGUAAAGCCCAAAAGUCCUGGCAAGGAGGAGGUCAAGUCCCCGGAGAAGGUCAAGUCUCCUGUGAAGGAGGAGGCCAAGGCCCCUGAGAAGGUCUCAAAGAAGGAAGAGGCGAAGUCCCCCAUGAAGGAAGACGAGAAACCCCAGGAGGUGAAAGUCAAAGAGCCACCAAAGAAGGUAGAGGAAGAGAAAGCUCCAGCCACACCAAAAACUGAAAAGGAUAGCAAGAAAGAUGAGGUGCCCAAGAAGGAGGCUCCCAAGCCCGAGGUCCAGGAGAAGCCCAAAGAACCCGUAGCUGAAGCCAAGAAGGAAGAGGCUGAAGGUAAGAAAAAAGCAGCGACUCCGGAGAAGGAGGCUCCUGCCAAGGAGAAGGAAGAGGCAAAAGCCAAAGAGAAGACCGAGGUGGACAAGAAGGAACCAGGUGAUGCCAAGGCCAAAGGACCCAGCAAAGCAGCGGAGAAGGGGCCAGAAAAGCCAAAGAAGGAAGAGACAUUGGCAGCACCCGAGAAAAAAGAUGCCAAGGAGGAGAAGGCCACAGAGGCCAAGAAGCCGGAGGAGAAACCCAAACCGGAGGCCCGGGCCAAGGAAGAGCCCAGCAAGGAGGCCCCCGCACCCAGCAAAGCCAAGACGGAAAAGGCUGAGAAGUCCUCUAGCACAGACCACAAAGACAGCAGGCCUCCAGAGAAGGCCACAGGAGACAAGGCCGCCCAGGGGGAGAAGUAAAGAGGGAGACGGAACAUCCGGAGCAUCCAAAGAAACUCAGGAGGGUCUGGGAGUUCGAGGGUCGGCAUAAUCAAUUUUCAUUUUUUUCUCCCUUCUCUUUAUAGAAGAAACUCUGCUUAGCUGGUGGGGCUCCCUCACCAAACAAGACGUUGUUAGCAAUAUGUUACCAAGGAAGGGCACUCCCCACCCUGCCCCCCGUACCCCAAAACCUCCCCAGGCGAUGGACCAUUAUGUUAUGAUAGCUUAUGUAGCGGAAUGUGAUAUAUGCCGAAUGCCACACGUAAACACUUGACUGUAAAAACUGCCCCCCUCCUUUCCAAAUAAGUGCAUUUAUUUCCUGUAUGUGCAACUGACAGAUGACCGCAAUAAUGAAUGAGCAGUUAGAAACACAUUAUGCUUGAGAUGUCUUAACCUAUUCCCAAAUGCCUUCUGUUUUCCAAAGGAGUGGUCAGGCCCUUGCCCAGAGCUCGCUCCCCUGGAAGAGCCGGAGUGGGUGGGGCUGGGCACUGAACCAUGCCAGGGCGCACUUUUCCACCGGAGACCACUUUCAAUUGCUUCCGUGCAAUAAAAACAAGUGCUUAUGAAAUGAAA